AUGCCCCCCAAAGGAAAACGCACCAAAGCAGAAGAAGCCCUCGACUUCCUAUCCAACCUCGAUAACCUCGACGCCCCUCCCGAAAACACCCCCGCCGCGUCCGAGACCCCACGGGUGUCCACGGACAGCACCCGCAAGUCCCUCUCUGCCUCCCGCGAGCUUCCGGGCAAGGCUGUCCCUGCCAAGGCGCCAGAGGAUGAUGAGGCGGAGAGUCAUUUGGCAUUCUUGGAAGCGCAGAUGCAGAGAAAGACUAAGCCGCUGAGCGACUCGAGGUCGGGUACGCCGCUGUCUGCUGCUGGCUCGGCGGCACCGGCUGCAGCGCCUGUGACUCAGGAAGCUGUCAAUGUACCCUCCUCCCCAGAGCCCGAGGCUCCCGUGUCGAGCGGCUGGGGAUCGCUCUGGUCUUCGGCCACUUCUGCUCUUCAGCAGGCUCAGCGUGUUGCCGACGAGCAGUACCAGAAAGUCAGGGCGGAGGGUGUCAGCGGUGUCACUGUUCAGCUAGAGCACUACGGCGUGAAUGUGAAGAAUGUGCAGGGAGUGGAUCUGAACAAGCUGAGAAAAGGUGCCGAGGAAAGAUUGGGCGGUAUCGUGAAGGGCGUGGACCUUGAGAAGAUCCGUAAGGACCUUUUGAACACUACAACUUCCACCCUCACCACCAUUCUCGAUACUGUCGCUCCUCCCAUCUCCGAGCACGAAACCCUCCAACUCUGGCUCUCCCACCCCAUGCAAGGCUACGCCGGCGUCGAGGGCGUCAUCUACCGCGCCUGGGCCCGUAUCCUUGAGCAAACCGACUCUGGCGAACUCAUCGUCAUCUGGUCGCCUGCCCCUACCCCAGGUGCAGACGAGAAGGAAGGCGAGGAGAGGAGUAUCAACCCCGUCGAGGGCUGGGAGGCUGCCUGGGACCUGGGUAAGAAGGAGGUGGAGAGUUUGAAGGGAAGGGAGAAGGAGAAUCCCGAGGCGAGGGCGAGGUUGCACCCGGACGUACCGGUGACUGUCGUGCCCAUCUUCCUCUACCUCCAACCCGUCCUCGUGCCCCUCCCAUUCCCCGAACCCCCCAUCUCGUCCAAUGCCACCACCCCCGACAAGCCGCACACCCCGCCAAAGCACUUGCAGUUCCUCCUCACGCUCGAAGACCCGGAACACAAGUUGACGUUUACGACUGUCACCCAGCCGACGCCGGAAGAUUGGAUGGAUGUCGAAUAUGAGAGAUCGGAGUGGGUGGAGGAGAGGUUGGUGGAGGUGAUCAGGACGGGUGUGGAGGUGGUUGCGCAGGAUUAUGUGGCGACUCGUAUGGGUCUCAAGCCCUCGGCUCCCCAAGCCGCAGCUGUCGCCGCCCUGGUCGAGCAGGCCUCCCAAGAGAAUGCCGAGAAGGAAAAGGAGACGACCGAAGAACAGGCCGAGAAGAAGAGCGACUAG